AUGGCGCAGCCGUGGGACUACAUAGCGAAGAUCGUAUCGUUAGGCGAUUCAGGAUGUGGUAAAUCAAGUCUAACAGUCCGCCUCUGCGAAGGCCGCUUCUCACCACACCACGACGUAACUAUCGGCGUAGAGUUCGGAUCGCGCAUCGUUCCUGUCGGCCCACCAGCGUCGCAUUCCCUGAGCAUCAACAACCCCUCCAAAUCCUCACAAGCACAAGCGCCCGUGUCGCCGUCGAAACAAAAGCAGGAGCAGAAGCACAUGAAGCUUUCGCUAUGGGAUACAGCAGGCCAGGAGACGUACAAGAGCAUCACGAGAAGUUACUUUCGGGGCGCAUCGGGCGCGCUGCUAGUAUUCGAUAUAUCGCGGAAGAACACGUUCCUCUCCGCCACGUCAUGGUUGCACGACUUGCGGCAAAUCGCCGAGGAAGGCAUCGUCGUGGUGCUCGUGGGCAACAAGUCUGAUCUUGCGGGGUCGUCUACCGUAACUGAUUCGGACGCCGCGAACAAGCGACAAGUCACAAAAGAAGAGGCUGAGGAGUGGUGUAAAGCGAAUGGCGUCAUGCAGUACGUCGAGACGAGUGCCAAGAGCGGAGAGGGUGUGGAACAAGCCUUUUUGGAAGUCGCAGAGCGGAUAUACCAAAAUAUAGAAGCUGGCAAGUACGACUUGAACGAUCGAAGGAGUGGAGUCAAGGGGCCGGGAGGCGGAGCGAAUAGGGCAGGCGUCAACCUAAAUGACGCGAUGUUCCUCCUUUGGCUCAGCACCAUAGCUGCCGCUUUCCCAGUUGGCUCUCACGUCGUCCACGAGAAGCGAGAGGCGGACCCGAUAGGUUGGGAUAGAGACUCACGUGCAUCAAGGGAUGCAGUACUGCCGGUGCGAAUCGCGCUGAAGCAGCAGAACUUGAAGCACGGCGAACUCUCACUCCAAGAUAUGCAUAAUCGAACCUCACCCAACUUCCGUAACGUAAACCUGAACUCGUCGUUUAUGUGA